UUUUUACGUGUAAAAAAAAAAAAAAUGUCAUCGAUCAACUUAAUUUCAUUCGUGAUUCUUGCUUUAUUCACUUUAAAUAUUGUUUCAGAAAUCACGGUUUUAACACCAAAUGAAAAAUUUUAUGGUGUCGUUAAUGAAACUUUACCAAUCACUUGGUCAUCAAGUGGAAAUGAUGUCCCACAGGCUAUUACUAUUAAACUUAUUUCAAAAACUCAAACUAGUUUAUUUACUGGUGAAUACGCUGUAGGACAAAGUAUUCCAACAUCAAGUGGAAAUUAUGCAUGGCGUAUAACUGAUAAUUUGGUUGGUGAUAAUAAUUGGGUAUUAAAAUUUUAUAAUGCUUUAUCUGAAUUAAAUGAUAAAACUCCUCCCGUUGCUCAAAGUAAAGAAUUUAGUAUUAAACCUGCUGGUACUAAACCUCCUUCAAAUGAUACUAUUACUAAUACUAAAAAGAAUCAUUCAAAUAAUAUUUUUGAUUUUUCUACUUCUUUAUUUAUUUUCUUCUCUUCAUUCAUUUCUUCUAUUAUUAUUAUUUAUCAAUUUUAAAUAUUUUUAAAAUUAGAUAAAAUAGUGAUUUGUAUAUAUUUACUUGUAUAUAUUUACUGUAUAUAUUACAUGUAAUUAAAAGAAAUACAUUAAUAUAAAAUAAACAUUUAUUUGUACUUUAAACGCGUGUUAAAUCUAAUAAUAAAAUUUAUAAACCAUCCUUUCAGCCAAUUCUUUUCCAACUGCUGCAUAAUAUUCCUUCAUUCUAUU